CCCACUGGCAGAUAUAUACUGUCUAUGGCAGAUGGCUAGCUGCAGAUGGAUAAAAUACCACAGAAUUAGAACGUUGAACAGAGCAUCCCGUCUAUUAAUAGCUUGAAUAAUAAACAUGUAUUUUCUGGAAGCUUUCGGGAUCUUUAAUAAGCCAGCUAUGGUUGACCCGUCUGAGCCAGAGGACCAGACCAAGGGGAAACAGAUGGAGGCCCUGCCGGUGGCCUCUGCACCCACCAGACUACCAGACCAGGCCUCUGCACCCGCCAGACUACCAGACCAGGCCUCUGCACCCACCAGACUACCAGACCAGGCCUCUGCACCCGCCAGACUACCAGACCAGGCCUCUGCACCCGCCAGACUACCAGACCAGGCCUCUGCACCCGCCAGACUACCAGACCAGGCUGAUGGGAAAGCAACAGAGGAGUGUGAGGGUGUGGGUGGCAGUGAUGCAGAGACCACACCCAUACACUCUGCUGGGCUGGGGGAGAGGAUGGUAGCUCCUCCCCCUGUUGCACAGGAGUCCAAUCCUCCCAGUCCACACACCCAGCCCCAGCUUCAGGGCCCUACUGACAGGCAGCUUCAUUCUCCAAGCCCUCCAGACUUCCAGCCUCCCAGUCCACACACCCAGCCCCAGCUUCAGGGCGCUCUGGACAGGCAGCUUCAUUCUCCAAGCCCUCCAGACUUCCAGCCUCCCAGUCCACACACCCAGCCCCAGCUUCAGGGCCCUACUGACAGGCAGCUUCAUUCUCUAAGCCCUCCAGACUUCCAGCCUCCCAGUCCACACACCCAGCCCCAGCUUCAGGGCCCUAUUGACAGGCAGCUUCAUUCUCCAAGCCCUCCAGACUUCCAGCCUCCCAGUCCACACACCCAGCCCCAGCUUCAGGGCCCUAUUGACAGGCAGCUUCAUUCUCCAAGCCCUCCAGACUUCCAGCCUCCCAGUCCACACACCCAGCCCCAGCUUCAGGGCCCUCUGGACAGGCAGCUUCAGGUUCCUCCCUUUGCCCCUCCAGACUGCCAGCUUCCCAGUCCACACACCCAGCUACAGAGCCCUUCGGUCAGUCUGGAGGCAGCAACCCCCCUUUCAGAUAGCAGCCAAGCUCCGAACCCUCUACCUCAAGAGCUCCAGCCUCCAAGCAGCGACCCAGAGCCCAGUAAACCAUCCCCCAAGCUGCACCUGGACCUGUAUAACUUUGACACCCCGGUGGCAGAGGGAAGCCGUUACGUCCUGACCAGCCCCCGCUCCUUGGAGGCCUGCGCCCGCUGCGGGGUCAAACCCGUGGAGAUCUUGUCACGCCCGUUGUCAGACUUCGCCCGUGAGGCCCCGGGACGGUCCAUGCGCGUGGCGACGGGCAUGUUUGAGGUGUAUGAGAAGGACAGGCACGCCAAGCUGAGAGCAUGCCGGGAGGAGAGAGAGAGGAUCAUCAGGGAAGAUAAGAGGAGAAUCCUUCAGGCUGCAGUCAACGGACAUGCUGCAUCAUCUACAGAGGAACAGCACAGAGCACCAGUCACACCCAGCUUAACUCAGCUAUCUAAACCGGGCCCUGUGGCCUCUAGUCCUACUAAACCUAAACCUUCCCCCAGUAGUAGAGAACAGGCCUCUAAAGCUGCUACUACAACACCAGGUCCAAGCAUUAAUAAAACUAGUACAAAUCCUCUAGCUAAAAGUAGCUCUCUGCAGUCCUCUAAAACCAGCUCAUUCGGCUCUGUGUCCUCAUCAUCUAAAGGUCUGGACUGUGGUUUUGGUUCUGCUAAACGUCCUAAAUCCUCAGAACUAACCAAGGCACCCCGCCCUGUCUCAGGUCCACCUCCAGUGGUCAGAAAGAUCCCCAGCAGCACCACCACCACCGCCACCACACCGAAAGCCUCCAACACCUUCCCCAGAUCAGCCUCCAAACCCUCCUGCUUCCCCAGAACAACCACCUCCAUGACAUCCACCAUGUUCAAGAGUUCCGUGCAGAGCCCAGUCACCCCGACUACAGCAGCUCUCAACGGCAUCACAGGGGGUCUCGGAGGGCCGUUCCCUCACCACAACGGCCACCCUGUGUCCACUCCAAAGGGCAGAGGGAAGAGCCACUCCCUUGAGUCCCUACAAAGGAGGAUGGAUACCAUCUCCACCUCCACCACCAACUCUACCACCACCUGCACCUCCUCUGGAGAGGAGUCCGGCGCCUCCUCCUCCUACAGCUGGGAUGGACCCAGAGACCACUGGGCCAAGUCCUCCUCCCCCCGUGCCCGCACCCUGGCCACCUUCAACUCCUUGAUGGGGAGGAGCCUUAGCCUGGGGGACCUCAGCCACUCCCUCCAGACCACCCAGAAGGUGGAGCGUAUCGUCAAGGAGGUGCGGCGGCGGGGGCUGAAGGCGGUUCCGGAGCGGGACAGGAAGAUCGCUGCUCUGAUGCUGGCCCGGUACCAGGAGGAGGACAUCAUGAGCCAGACGCGAUACGUGGCUCACCUGCAGUGGGACAGCGAGAAGCGCCUGGGGGACUUGCAGCGGGAGCGGGAGGACCGGGAGAAGCAGCGGGCUGUGCUGCAGUGCCAGCGGGCGUGGCAGUCCCAGGUGUCCCACCGCCAGCGCCGGCUCAGCCAGCAGGAGAGAGAGUCGUCGGCCGCUAAGCUGCGGCAGGUGGCGGAGAGCGAGGAGCGGUGGAGGGAGCUGGCGGAGCUGCAAGAGCGCAGUAGGCAGCAGAGGCUCCAGCAGACUGCCAGGGAGGAGAAACAGAAGAAGGAACAGCAGGAGCAGAACCUCAAGGCUCUGGAGGAGGACAGGGCUGCAGUGCUGGAACAGGAGCAGCUCCUCCUCAAGGAGAAACUUACCAUUGCCGAGCUGAAGAAGCAGGAGAAGGAGCACCAGGCCCACGAGGAGCGCCGGGGACUGAACCGGGCCGAGAGGAGGCGCCAUGCAGCCCUGAUCAGGGAGAUCGCCCGGAGAGAGGAGGAGGAGCGGGAGGAGGCACGGAAGGCUGCGGAGGAGAAGCUGAGCCGUUCCCUGGAAAACUAUGAACAGAUCGUAGAGAGGAGAGACAAGGAGCUGAAGGAGAAGGCUAAGAGGGAGGAGCAGCAGAUUCAGAAGGCAAGGAGGUCUGCGGAGAAGAGGGAGAAACAGCAGCAACAGCAGGUGGAGGCCCGGGCCAAGGAAGCAGAGAGACGGGCCCAGCAGGCAGCUCUGGUGGCAGAGGAGAAAGCCAAGGAGAAAGCCCAGAGAGCAGUACAGAGCAGGCAGGAGAAGGAGAGACUACAACGACUCAACAGACAGCGUGUGGAAGGGGAGGAGCAAGCCAGGAGGAUGGAGCUCCUGCAGUCCAUCGAGAGGAAGCUGGAGAAGAGUGAACAGAUCUUCAGGGAGAAGAGAGCCGUGCUGGAGAGCGCUCGCUCUACCGCCCGCGCCUCCUUCCACGUACGGGACCGGGUCAGGGAGGAGACCAACAUGAGGACCUUUGAUAAGAUGGAUCUGGAGGCUCAGUUCCAGUUCAAAGCCAGCCUGGAUGACAAGUGAUGAGGCACACCUUCAUGCUACUGGUGAACUACUGGUUAGUGGUUACUACUGGUUGCUACUAGUUAAUACCCUGGACUACGGGUUAGUGGUAACUACUGGUUACUACCCUGGACUACUGGUAACUACUGGUUACUACCCUGGACUACUGGUAACUACUGGUUACUACCCUGGACUACUGGUUCAUGGUAACUACUGACUACCCUGGACUACUGGUUCAUGAUAACUACUGACUACCCUGGACUACUGGUAACUACUGGUUAAUACUGGUUACUACCCUGGAAUACUGGUAACUACUGGUUACUACCCUGGACUACUGGUUAGUGGUAACUACUGGUAACUACUAGUUAAUACCCUGGACUACUGGUUAGUGGUAACUACUGGUAACUACUAGUUAAUAACCUGGACUACUGGUUAGUGGUAACUACUGACUACCCUGGACUACUGGUAUCUACUGCUUACUACCCUGGAUUACUGGUUACUACUGGUUACCAUGUGCUAUGCUAUAACCAGGGUUGGACAAGUUACUUUGUAAAUGUAAUUCGUUACAGUUGCUAGCUACCUGUGCAAAAUCAACUUUUGGAUUACCCAAACUCAGUAACGUAAUCUGAUUAUUUUGGAUUACUUUUCCCUUAAGAGGCAUUCGAAGAAGUCAAAAAGGAUCCUUCCAACACAUUUGGUGUGUCAUCAUAGUGGUCUCUGAUUGGUGGUCAUCAUUUGGUGUGUCAUCAUAGUGGUCUCUGAUUGGUGGGCAUCAUUUGGUGUGUCAUCAUAGUGGUCUCUGAUUGGUGGGCAUCAUUUGGUGUGUCAUCAUAGUGGUCUCUGACUGCUUAUAGCCUCCUAGCUAGCUUCAAUGCUGCACAGCUUUAUAACAUCUGUCUCUCAUAAGGAAUGGUAUCUCCUGUCCUAUGGUAACAUCUGUCUCUCAUAAGGAAUGGUAUCUCCUGUCCUAUGGUAACAUCUGUCUCUCAUAAGGAAUGGUAUCUCCUGUCCUAUGGUAACAUCUGUCUCUCAUUAGGAAUGGUAUCUCCUGUCCUAUGGUAACAUCUGUCUCUCAUAAGGAAUGGUAUCUCCUGUCCUGUGGUAACAUCUGUCUCUCAUAAGGAAUGGUAUCUCCUGUCCUACGAUAACAUCUGUCUCUCAUAAGGAAUGGUAUCUCCUGUCCUAUGGUGACAUCUGUCUCUCAUAAGGAAUGGUAUCUCCUGUCCUAUGGUAACAUCUGUCUCUCAUAAGGAAUGGUAUCUCCUGUCCUAUGGUAACAUCUGUCUCUCAUAAGGAAUGGUAUCUCCUGUCCUGUGGUAACAUCUGUCUCUCAUAAGGAAUGGUAUCUCCUGUCCUGUGAUAACCCUUUCCUCAUAACUCCUCACCCAUUUGUAUUUGAUGAAAUCAGAAUCAUUCCUUUGUAUUGUUUAGACAUAUUAUCUUAAAGCCAAAAGUACACUUUAUAAUAUGCAAAUCAAUGAAGAAGAAAAAGAGGAGAGAGUAAAAUAGUGUUUGUAGGUGGACUUGGACAAAGAUCUGCUCUUGUGGAUUAUAAACCAACAGUUUUGGGACAUAGUAUAUUACGUGGAUCAGAGUGUUCCCCACGGCCCCUUUCUAGGCUCCCUCUUUAUCAGAUCUACCCAACUGAGAGCUGUGCUGUUGGAAUGAAAAGAACCAUUGUUGCCCCGGGAAGCACAACUCCAUGACAACUAGCCACAUUGGCUGCCUUUUAACGGAGCCCUUCUCUUCUGUAGGGGGGGGGGGGGGAGAGAAUCAGACAGAAAGGGAAAGGACGCACAAGUGAGUGAUCUGAGAGCCCCGAAGCAGACCAGGGACUCGUUUGUAUGUUGUGAUGCAGAUGGAGAAACUGUGUGCAGUACACUCUUAGAAAAAAAGGUGCUAUCUAGAAUCUAAAAGGGUUCUUCGGCUGUCCCCAUAGGAUAACCCUUUGAAGAACCCUUUUUUGGUUCCAGGUAGAACCCUUUCCAGAGAGGGUUCUACGUGGAACCCAAAAGAGGUUUACCCGGAACCGAAAAGGGUUCUACCUGGAAUCAAAAAGAGUUCUCCUAUGGGGGCAGCCAAAGAACCAUUUUGGAACCCUUUUUUCUAAGUGUGUAGUGUGCUGUUACUGAGCCCCUUGGCUGUACUCUCCUCCUGUCUUCACCGUGCGGCCGAGCCGACUAACCAACCGCUGACGAAGCAGCUGUGGCAGAGAAACGUGACAUCACUCAGAGUGAUGUCAGCACAACACAACCCAGCCAGCUGCUGAUGAGGCAUCAGAGAGGACCCUGAUUCUACUGUAGAAUAUAAUUUACAUGGUCCCUGAUUCUACUGCAGUAUAGAAUCUACCUGGACCCUGAUUCUACUGCAGUAUAGAAUCUACCUGGCCCCUGAUUCUACUGCAGUAUAGAAUCUACCUGGAACCUGAUUCUACUGUAGAAUAUAAUCUACCUGGACCCUGAUUCUACUGCAGUAUAGAAUCUACCUGGACCCUGAUUCUACUAUAGAAUAUAAUCUACCUGGAGCCUGACUCUACUGCAGUAUAUAAUCUACCUGGCCCCUGAUUCUACUGCAGUAUAGAAUCUACCUGGGACCUGAUUCUACUGCAGUAUAGAAUCUACAUGGAACCUGAUUCUACUGUAGAAUAUAAUCUACCUGGAACCUGAUUCUACUGUAGAAUAUAAUUUACAUGGUCCCUGAUUCUACUGCAGUAUAGAAUCUACCUGGAACCUGAUUCUACUGCAGUAUAGAAUCUACCUGGAACCUGAUUCUACUGCAGUAUAGAAUCUACCUGGAACCUGAAUGUACUGUAUGAUAUAAUUUACAUGGUCCCUGAUUCUACUGCAGUAUAGAAUCUACCUGGCACCUGAUUCUACUGUAGAAUAUAAUCUACCUGGAACCUGAUUCUACUGUAGAAUAUAAUCUACCUGGAACCUGAUUCUACUGCAGUAUAGAAUCUACCUGGAACCUGAUUCUACUGUAGAGGUGUUCUAUAGUAUAGAGACCGGUAUGUUCUAUAAACACUCCUGGACUGUCCUCCAGGAUCCUAUGCCUGUCUCUCCUCAUGUCAUAUAACAGGAAACACUAGAGCCUUGGUUGUGCAGUGGAGUAUAGUAUAGAAUCUAUACCG